CUCAUGUGUGAUAGGAAGCAUAUAUCUCAUGCGGGAACACUCGGUUCCUCGCAGUCACUAUCUCUAAUCCUUGUCCUAUCCUCUCUUCUGACAUGUUCAUUAGUAGGUUCCACAGCUCUACACGACCAUGGUGAUGCUACCACCGAAUUUCAAGCCCUUCGUUGCCUUAAACUGCAUCUCAGCACUUCUUCUGCUGCACUCCCAGCCUCGUGGAAAGGUGAUAAUUCCCUACAACAGUUCUGCACUUGGUCCGGUGUUACAUGCAGCAAGUCUCGUGUUGUUGCACUGGACCUCGAGUCGCUCCACCUUGAUGGACAAAUACCUCCUUGCAUUGCAAAUCUCGCUCUCCUCACAAGAAUCCACCUCCCAGACAAUCAGCUUUGGGGCCCAAUCCCGGCUGAACUUGGUCAGCUGAAUAGGUUGCAGUAUCUUAACCUUAGCUUAAACAAUAUUAGUGGCAUGAUCCCAAGCAAUUUGUCCGCAUGUUCUCAGCUUCGAGUAAUUGAUCUUGGGAGUAACUUCAUAAACGGUGAGAUCCCACCAAACCUAAGCCAAUGUCUAAAUAUGCAGCAGCUGAACUUGGAUGACAACAAGCUCACUGGAGGCAUUCCAGAAGGGUUCGGGGCACUCCGCAACCUUUCAGUUUUGAGUCUUGCUGGAAAUACUCUCACAGGCAAUAUUCCUCUUUCACUUGGAAAUAGUUCUUCUCUUCGCUCUGUUUAUCUCACCAACAAUAGCCUCACAGGACCUAUCCCGUCUCUCCUAGCUAACAGUUCUUCACUCCAGCUUUUGGUCUUAACUAACAAUCAGCUUGGUGGAGAGAUUCCACCUGCACUAUUUAAUAGCACAUCACUCGAAGUCUUGUCCCUUGGAAAGAACAACUUUACUGGGUUCAUACCAGCUGUUUUCCCGAAUAUUGCUGGCUCACCAUUGCAGUAUCUUAUCUUGGCAUCAAAUAACCUUUUUGGCGCAAUACCUUCUACUCUAGGGAAUUUUUCUUCACUUUGCUGGCUCAUGCUUGCAAGAAAUAAUUUUCAAGAUAGCAUCCCAAUGAGUAUUGGUAAGCUUCCCAACCUACAAGUACUAGACCUGAGUUACAACAACUUGUCAGGGAGCGUCCCAGUCUCUACUUACAACAUAUCGACACUCACAUACCUCGGCGUGGGUGCAAAUAUUCUGGCAGGGGAAAUUCCAACUAACAUUGGAUACACCCUUCCAGCCAUCCAAACUUUGGUUAUGGGAGUGAACAAAUUCCAUGGCCGAAUCCCCACUUCACUAGCCAACACAACGAAUCUUCAACACAUUUACCUCGGUAACAAUUUGUUUCAUGGUGUUGUGCCUUCUCUUGGGACACUUCCCAACCUAGUCUACCUGGAUCUAGGCGUUAAUCGUCUCGAGGCAGGAGAUUGGUCUUUCUUAACCUCAUUGACCAACUGCACCCAACUGGUGGAAUUAUUCUUGGAUGCAAACAUCCUUCAGGGAGAUUUGCCUAGUUCCAUUGCAGGCCUUUCAAAGAGCUUAGAGGUAUUGUUAUUAACAGCAAAUAAAAUAUCAGGCACUAUACCACAGGAGAUAGAGCAGCUCACAAACAUCAAACGUCUUUACAUGGAAAAAAAUCUGCUUAGUGGAAGUAUCCCUCGAUCACUUGGAAAUCUUCAUAACUUGUUUGCCCUAAGCUUAUCCCAGAACAAAUUUUCCGGACAAAUUCCACUAUCAAUUGGCAGCCUCAGCCAAUUGAGCGAGCUAUACUUACAGGAAAACAAUUUGAGUGGCCCUAUCCCAGGAGCUCUAGGAGACUGUAAGAAAUUGGACAUACUGAACCUCUCUUGUAACAGCUUUGAUAGCAGCUUACCAAAGGAGCUCUUUACUCUUUCCAACCUUGCAGAAGGUUUGGACUUAUCUCACAACAAACUCUCAGGAGAAAUACCAUUGGAGGUUGGCAGCUUGGUCAAUCUCGGCCCAUUGAAUAUUUCCAAUAACCAGUUGUCUGGACAAAUACCUUCCACUCUAGGUGAGUGCGUCCACUUGGAGUCACUGCACAUGGAGAGGAACAAUUUUCAUGGGAAAAUCCCUCAAACUUUCAUUAAUUUGAGAGGCAUCAUUGUGAUGGAUCUAUCUCAAAACAACCUGUCCGGUGACAUCCCUGACUUCUUCGAGUCCUUUAGUUCCAUGAAGUUUCUCAAUUUGUCGUUCAACAACCUUGAGGGACCAGUACCACCAGGUGGAAUGUUUGAGAAUGAAAGUGAGGUGUUCAUACAAGGGAACAAGAAGUUAUGUGCCAACACCCCAUUGCUAGAUUUGCCAAUUUGCAAUGAAGUGAUAUCCAAACAAAAGAUGUACACCUCCAAGAUUCUGAAGGUAUUAGCGAUUACUGCUCUUUCUUUGGUUCUGUUAUCAUGCUUUGGUGUCAUUAUUUGUAACAAGAGAAAGAAAGCCAAACAAGCAGCACAUCCAUCUGUCAAGGAGUUAAAGAAGUUCACAUAUGUUGAUUUAGUGAAAGCAACAAACGGUUUUUCUUUGGCCAAUUUGGUUGGUUCGGGAACAUAUGGAUCUGUGUACGAAGGCAUAAUCGAGUAUGAAGAAAGAGUUGCCAUCAAAGUUUUCAAACUUGAUCAACUUGGAGCAACAAAGAGUUUCCAUGCUGAAUGUGAGGCACUGAGAAACACUCGUCAUCGUAAUCUUGUAAGGGUGAUCACCGUAUGCUCGACAAGUGACCCAACAGGAAAUGAGUUCAAGGCUCUUAUUCUUGAGUUUAUGGUAAAUGGCGACCUAGAGAGUUGGCUCCAUCCGACACUACUCCACGAGCAUCAUCCAGAAAGGCCGUUGUGUUUGGGAUCAAGAAUUGCAAUAGCAGUGGACAUAGCUGCGGCUUUGAAUUACCUCCAUAACCAAUGCAUGCCUCCUAUGGUCCACUGUGAUCUGAAGCCUAGCAAUGUCCUUCUGAACGAUGUCAUGGGCGCAUGUGUUGGUGACUUCGGGUUGGCUAAGUUCCUACAUGGUUAUUAUUCUUCUUCUGGAAUUGAUGGUUCUACUUCUACAAGCUUAGUGGGGCCAAGAGGAUCAGUUGGAUACAUUGCACCAGAAUAUGGAUAUGGGAGCAAAAUCUCGACGGAGGGUGAUGUUUACAGCUAUGGAGUCAUCAUCUUAGAGAUGCUCACGGGGAAGUGUCCAACUAACGAGAUGUUUAAAGAUGGCCUGAGCCUUUACAAAUUUGUGGAAGAUUCAUUUCCAGAAAAGAUUUCCGAGAUUUUAGAUCCUAGAAUCAUCAUCCCCUAUUAUGGGAACCGAGAUGAAGAAGAAGCGGGCAGUUCUUCAGGCCAGGAAAAUCAUCAAAUUGCUGCUGGAAUAAUGGGCUGCAUCACGGCUCUUGCUAAGCUUGGCCUGCUGUGCGCUGCGGAGACACCUAAAGAUCGCCCAGCAAUGCAGGACGUCUACGCUGAUGCCAUCACAAUCAAAGAAGCAUUUUCAGCACUGCAGCGCUGAGGAGAAGAAGGAUUUCAACCGUAUCUAUGUACGACUAGUUUUUCUUUACCUAAGGCUUCAUUUAUCUUUGUUCAAAGGAUGCUAUCUAUGUUAUGAAUCAUCCUCUGUUGCAGUAGCAAAUCUAUAUUUGUACUGAAGGUAAACUAUAAUUCAGCCUAUAUAAAAUAAACGGUACUUCAGGAGCCUGUAUACAAUAAACUGUACUUCAGGAUUCAGGUACAUUUUA